AUGAAUAUACAUUCUGCAGAACGUUCCUUUGAUUGCAAAUUUUGCAAUAAGUCAUUCAAUGAAUUGGUUGCUUUGAAAAAACACUAUCAGGUUCACAGUGGUGAAUUCGCGCAUGAAUGCAAUAUAUGCAAUAAGACAUUCACAGAAUUAGGUCAUUUGAAUCAGCACAUGCUGAUUCACAGUGGAGUACGUCCCCAUCAAUGCAGUAUAUGCAAUAAAAAGUUUACAGAAUUAGGUAAUCUGAAACGUCACAUGCUGAUUCACAAUGGAGUACGUCCCCAUGAAUGCAGUAUAUGCAAUAAGACAUUUCGACAAUUAGGUACUAUGAAACGUCAUAUGCUCAUUCACAAUGGAGUGCGUCAUCAUGAAUGCAGUAUAUGCAAUAAGAAAUUUAAAGAAUUACGUUCUCUGAAACCUCACAUGCUCAUACACAGUGGAAUACGUCCCCAUGAAUGCAAUGUAUGCAAUAGGACAUUCACACAAUCAGGUACUCUGAAACGUCACAUGCUGUGUUGUAAGAGAGCAUAA